AUGCCAUUUGACUCCAAAAAUUACACAAGGUACGAGUUUUUCACCGUUAGUACACUUGCUGAAGGAGUUGCUCAUGUUCAAUACACCAAUCCAAAGACUCUUAACGCAUACACUAAUCAAAACUGGAGAGAUUAUGGUGAAAUAUUGACUAGGUUAGACAAGGAAGAAGACAUUUCAGUAAUUGUCAUCUCAUCUGGUGUUGCUAAGUCUUUUUCUUCAGGGUUGAAUUUGAAAUCGGCAAUGGAAACAGCAAAACCCGAUGGUUCACCAGAAAAGGAAAAAAUUGCUAAAUUGCAUGAGUACAUCAUUGAAUUUCAAAAUGCUUGUACUGUUCCAGCACGUAUUAACACUCCAACUAUUGGUAUUUUGAACGGUAUCAAUUACGGAUUAGCUAUUGAUCUCGCUAGUGCAUACAGCAUCAGAGUCGGAGUUGAAGGAGCUCGUUUUUCCAUAGCUGAAGUCAACAUUGGUAUUGCUGCAGAUAUGGGAUCAUUACAAAGAAUGCCAGGUAUUGUCAAUAACAAAUCAAGACUUUUCCAACACGCUUUACUUGGAGAUGUUUUUGAUGUUAAGGAAGCGGCAGAGUUGGGGUAUGUCAGUACUGUUGUCAAAUCAGUUGAUGAAGGUCUUGAAUUGGCAGGAGCUUGGGGGUCGAGGAUGGCACAAGUUCCACAAUGGGCUAUUAAGGGUACUAAGAAACAUAUUCAAGAUAUUUUGAAUGGAACUACACCUGAACAGGGGUUGCUUGAUAUUGCUCAGUAUAAUGCUGAAAAUAUUGCCCGUAGUACGGGUAUGAAGUUAUAG